AUGACCAUCACGCUCUUCCGCGAGUGGGCGGAGCAGGAGAUCAUUGUGCACUUCGAGCUCAUCCAGGCGAUGGUUAUCAGCGACCCGUCCGUCAACCAGCUCCCCAUCGCCCUCCCCAAGGACCUCGACGCUCUAAAAAUGAUAUGCCGGAAGUUGGCCUACGGACUUGGUGCGUCGGAUCCGUGGGUUUGCCUCGGUCUUGCCCGGUUUGAGGGCCCCGUCCCUUCGGAGCAGCUGAUCGCGGCACGCUUGCGCACGGCCCUCGCCCUCUGCGACCUGACGGGCAAGGCGCCCCUGGACGAGGAGGGCCACGCCAGCAUCCACAAGAUCGCCGACGAGUUCCGCGCCGCUGCUCUCGCCUGCGAGAAGGAGCUUUUAGGAGUGUUGGCGGAGCGCAAGCGGUUGAAGCCUAUCAGGCUUCAAUUCUGGAAGGAGCUCGGCACGGCCGCGCGCGCUCUCCUCUGCUCCCCCGUUGCCCCCGGCUGCCGGGUGACUCUCCUCGCACAGUGGUCCUCCGUCCUCCCGGACUGCGGCGACAGCGUGAACUUCGUGGACAUCUCCCGCCGGGUCUCAGAGCUUUUGGAGAAGGGGGACGAAAAGGCCUGGGACCUGACCGCCUGCCAGCACGUGGUGGCCUGGGCUCCGGAUGAUGCGGGGGCUCUGGCGCGGCUCUUGGCCGCAUUCCUGAGGCGCUCGGAGCCGGCCUGGCGACCGGCCAGUCUGCAGAUGGUGGUGCCCCUCCCGCUCGCUCACGGCAUGAAGGACGUCGUGGGGGUCACCGAUCUCUGGCACGUCCAGACGGGCCUCGCGAUCUUCGGCAUCUCCUUGGACUCGGCCCGCCACGUACCGCGCAUGGUGAAAGCCCUUACACCCCUGUUCGAGGUCGACUCGUCCAUCAUCGCGUUGAUGGACCUGCCUUCGGAUUACCUCCCGCAUUUCCUCGCCCUCCUGGCAGACCCGGCCUUGGCGGGUCUCGUCGUGCGCCAGCACAGACGCAGUGCGAGCAGCUCUCCGGACCCCCCCAGGAUUUGCCUGGACUUGGUCUUCCCCGCGACGUGCGCGGAGCUCGACGCCAUCAUUCUUCUGGACCGCCUCCGCCGCUCCAUGGCGACCACGAUGACCCUCCUAUCGCGCACUAAGGCGCUGGUCAUCUCAGUCGCGGCUUCGGACACCUGGGUGGGGGUGAUGGACCACAUCCUGAAGCAUGACCCCGAGGUGUCGGCCUCCCGCCUUCGCUGGCGGUCUUCGGCCCACGGUGGGCGCCCCGUGGCUGCGCCCUCGGCGACCACUGCAGCGCUGGCGGCCGCCCGCAGGAAAGCCCACUCUGGAGGAGGUCUGGAGCACAUGGCGGACAUUGUCGUACAGGGGGAGCUGGGCACGCAGGACUCCAAGGCCGCGUUCGAGCGCUUCUUCGUGACCGGGGAGGUCCGCAAGCUACAUGCCAGCCUUCGUGGGCAGGUGAUUCGGGUCGGCAACGAGCACGUGCGGGUCGAGAUCCUCAACGACUCCAUCCUUGCGCUGUCGAGGCCGGGAAACGGGACAGGGAUGCUGCGCUGGGGUGCAAUUCGGUGCAUCGCGUUGGACGGCUCCGAGUGCUGGUUCAUCGAGGAGCGCUCCAUCGAUCUCAUCUGCGAGCCCUUCCCGCCGAAUGGGGCAAUAUCGCGGGACAUCUCGGUUGCGUUGUGGAGCGCCCAGGCUUUCUUCGCGGCCGCGCCGGGUCGCCAGGAGAUGAAGUGCGCGCACGUGCACUCCCUCUUGAAUCGCGCGCAGGUGGUGAUGAUCACGGAGGCCCACGGGAACGGAGGGGGCUCGCCAGGUGUGGCGCCCCCCCAGGGUACGGCAGCAUGGUGGCCCGCUGGUGCCGCGACCGCUCAUUCGGGCAUCAGCCUCAUAGUCAAAGAGACGUUGCUCAAGUGCUUCGACCCCGACCCUAUGUGGAAUAGCUAUAAACCAGGGAGGGCAGCCAAGUUGGAGCUCCGUGGCCCGGAAGGGGCCUUGGACCUGGUCGUGGCAUACUUCCCGACGGGUGCCGGCAUCGGAGAGCAAGACAUGUUCGGCUUCUCGCGCGCGGAGCGGGGGCGGGCCUCGUCUUUCCACGAGCUUCGCGGUUGUCUCCGCGCGCGCCCUUCCCGUGCGCUCGCCCCCCGGCAGUCGGCGCUCGCGAUCCCGGGGGGCGACUUCAAUUACGUCGCGGACGACUUCGAUCGGGUCUACAUGAACCGCGAUGUCACGGACCAGAUCGACAGGCAAUUGCGUGCAGCUGCGCUGGAGUGGAGGCCCCAGCUGUCCGCUCACCGCCCCGUCCUCGUGUCCCGCACGGCCCCGCAGAGGCUCUCGGAGAGCGCGCGGCGGGUCCCGGACUUCGCGGUGCAGCGCCCUGACUUCAAGCGCAGGGUCGCGCUCGAGUUCGAGGGGCGUCUCGCCACUUCCCCUUCCACCUCAGGGCUCGCCAAGCUCCAGAUGUUCAAGGAGGCGGUGAAGCAGGUCGCCCGGCGCAUCGCCGCAGACCGCGCCACCCCCCCGACGGCCGAGCCCCGUGAGGACAGAUUAGGUAUGAAGUGUCUUGCCCGGUGCCCGCCCCUCCGCGACCUUGUCCACAAUCCCUGCGACUUCUCAGGUAAUCUGUCCGUGCGUCUUCGGGGCCUCCGUCAUCGCGCAGCCGAGCUCGCUCGUGACCACGCGUUGGGCGAGCUCGCCACCGCCUCGGUCGCACCUGCCCCGGAGCGGGGCGAGGGGGAGGGGGGCGGAGAUGGGCGGCGGCCCUUCGGGCACGUCGGACGCGCAAGCGGGGUGCUCGGCGUCUACGCCGACUCGCUCCUGGCCGUUCGGUGGGAAUCGCCGCUGUGCAG